CUCUCCUCCGAUAAACACACGUCCGCAUGGAACAAACUUAAUUCUAUUGUGGCAGCUAGAAAACGUGGUACUUACCAAGCUCGUGCCGCUCAGCUAACACCCGUCGACGGUCGUUAUCGGCUUGACAAAAGGUAUCUUUGUGCUUGUCUUGCUCAUCAGAUGCAUAAUCACUAGGAAUAUGGGCGCCCUACUUACCCGCUGCUCCGGAUGGAGUAGCAUGAUGUAUCGAAGAGACCUCAGAGGGGGAAAAGCGCCGAUGAUUGGGAGUAUCAUUCUGGAGGCACCAACAGUUAUGUCUCCCCGCCGUGCGCUUUCUUCAUGGUUUCAUCGCGUAAAGGCAGACUGACUGUUUCUCCACUAUAUAUCCGGCUUAUGGUCGUGGGCACAAUCAACGCCUCCCCUACGAAAAUUUCAAUGUGGUGCGAGUGCGAAUCAAUGCGCUCACAAUUAACAGCUCUUCAAUUCCCUAUCUUAGCAAGACUCAAACUUUAUGGAAAAUCGACGCUAUGGUCUCCAGUCGGAUUUUAUUGCUUCAUGCGUGUCUUUCAAACAUGCGAGGGCAUCGAACGACUGAAUCCCGUGUCCGCGAGCUUGCUGUGACCAACGACAGUGAAGCUCAUCGUUUAAUGUCAGGAUGCGGUCAGCGUGCAGUUCAGGACAUCGACGAAAUCAUGAUUGACAUCCAGCAAAAUGUAAGUCAGUGUCUCCGUUGUUCCACGACGGCAUCGUCAGUCGGUCCCUCGAUAAGACACUCCAGGUUAUGACCCACACAAUCAUUAACCAUAUCAGCGAGAAUGGGAAUAGGUUUUGACUGUGUCAUAUAGAACAGUAGUAAAGAGAGGGAACAGACUUGUGUUGGUCCUGAGGAUAGUGCCGCUUGUCGAAGAUGUAGAGUGUUCGAAGAUAAUGACAACGGCUAGAUGGUUAAUGACAAGCAGCUUCAUCGCAACGUAGCCUCAAAUUCACCAGAAGUGAUCUGAACCAUGUUCUCC